CUAGAAAUUGCUAUUAUUAUUGAAUUAUUUUGUAGGUAAUUUUCAUGCUGUUAGCAGCACAAAUACAAUUCCAUUCACCCUGGAUGUAUUUGAGAGGUGGGCUUUCUACUGAGCUAGAUACCGCCGGAGGUCAUACUUAUCCAUAUUUCUUUAUAUUUAGGAUGUAACACAUUAAUAUGUGUAAUGAGUAGGGAGUUGCUUUUAGUGAGGAACCUAUUAAGCAUUAUCACCCAGCGUUGCAGUUCUCUUCAGCUUUAUGGAGUAUUUCAAUGUUUUGUUUUGGGUUUUACAACCCACAACUUUCCUAUUCUAGUUUAUCGUCACUGCUCUCAUCGUCAAACUGCAGCAGGCAGUUAUUUAUUGUCUAAAAUAACCUUUAUCACACAGUAGACAGACAUGGUGCAGCAAUUAGCUGCAAAAGAGCCAGAUAUUUCCCUCAGGGGUUGGUAGAGACCAGAAAUAGAGCUAACAGAGAAUGAGUAUUGGACGACCAUUCGUUGAGUGUCCAGAAACAUGAUUGUUGUGAUGUGUAACAAUGUAACUGUCUGAUAAGAUGCCGACCAUAUCUUCUUUAUAUGGGGAUCAUUUGUCACUUGUGUUUCCAGCUUGUUGCACUGUCCUCAACUGUCCAACAAUCUGUUAAUGCAAGUCUAAAGCCUCAUCCUGGUAGUUGGAGCAUGUUUUUGCCAAUGUGUUUUUUAAAUAUAUAUAUAGUACUACCAAUGCGUACUCUAGGUUUUAGAGUACCUUGCCCUUGUAUGGUGUGAAACAUAUGUGGGACUUCAGUUGAAUUAGGACUGGCCCUUAUUAAGAACUCUUUUAUUCUCUGUCUCUCUUUGUCCCUCUCCCUUAGUCCACUCCCACAGAGUUACGUAAACUGUGUUCUGUCCUGCUUUUUAUUCACAUUUUAACCAUCUAUGUUAUACACAUGUGCUAAAACAAGCCACUGUCCCUUCUCUCACCCCUCUGGACUGCUCUAUCUGUCACUGUCUCUGCCUGUUUCCAUCCUGCCCUUAAUUGUGUCUGCAUGUUGGCCAGAAGACUCUCAUGGCACUCAGUUGAUACACACUUGCAGAAUCCCACUCCCACAUACUUUGAUCUCAUGCAUGCUUGGCUUCAUAGAGGAAAUGCUUGUUGGCUGCUGGCACAGUAUGCAGCCUCACAAGCCUCGCUCACACUCUGUGAUUAUUGCCCUCUCUCACACUCACAAAAACAUUGUCUAUGUCCUUUGGAGGGUUGUCAUUAAAAUAAUUAUCUGCUGAAAUAUCCAAUCUAAGCUAAACAAAUAUUUCACAAGCUUCCUGAAAGCCUUUGAUGGAACAAAUUGCGCAGCUUUGCUCUUCACAGUGUUUAAUAUGUGUUGUGUGCUGUACAGUAAAUAAUGUUCUUUUUCAUCAAAAAUAAUGUAAACAGUCAAAGAAUGGAGGAAGUUGUUGCAGGGAUCUAUUACUCCGACAGUAAAUCUCUUCCAGUGUUAAUAGACUAUGUAGGUCUUUAGCGACUAAAAGGAUGUGGGUACUUGUGGUUAUAGUUGCGGCCCAUACAAUAUAGUAUGUGUGAGAGCAAGCACAUAUAUUACAUCAGAACAGUGCAGUUCUGUCAUCACUGGAGAGGGAGCAGAGCCAGAUGUUCCCCAGUGAGUCUGACAAAAGGUAAAAUACAUCUCCAUUGAUAAACAAAGAGGGACCACCCAAGCUCAAACUUACUUCCACAUUCCUCUUUUCUUACUUAAACUACCGGAUACACUCUUUAUCUCCUGGGAUCUUUCCGACACACACCCACAAGCUGGAAAAUGUUUAUGCUCUUGUGUCUAACUUUCAGGGUGUGAGCUGGAUGGUACAGUUCAUAACGUGUCCUACAGUAAAGAUGGCUGUCAGACAUGAGGGUAACAAGGAAUGCUAUCAUCAACCCUGCACUUUACUGAACUGCACACAGAGGGAGACUGUACCUGGAGGCUGCUGCCAGCGAUGCAGAGGCUGUGUCCAUUCUGGCGUCCAGUAUGAUCACAGAGCCAAGUGGAGGCCGGAGGGAAAUCCUUGUGAUGUCUGCGACUGUUUGGAGGGUCACGUUCGCUGCGAGAAGGAGCAGUGCAACACUCCAUGUAAAAACCCAGCUGCUGCUCCACCCAAUACCUGCUGUCCAGUUUGUCAAGGCUGUGGUGUGAACGGUCAUGACUUCUCUAACGGAGCUGUGAUCCCGACUGGAGACCGUUGUCAAGAGUGCACAUGUUUGAACGGAAAUGUGACUUGUUCACCCCUUUCCUGUCCUGCCUUAACUUGUCGAAACCCUGUGCAUCGUGCUGGAGAUUGUUGCCCACGGUGUGAGCAGUGUGAAUAUGAAUCCAAGGUGUAUUUGGAUGGACAGAAGUUCCCCUCCAGGAGAGACCCCUGCCUCCACUGCCGCUGCUCUGCAGGAGAAGUGUCUUGUGAGCGCUUGGAUUCAUCAUGUCCACCACCACACUGCAGUCAUCCAGCUCAGCGCAAAGGAGAGUGUUGUCCCACAUGCAAUGAAUGUGAGUAUGACAGCAGGGUUUAUGCAGAUGGGAAAGUGUUCAACCCUGCUGGAAGUGGACCCUGCCUGCAGUGCCGGUGUAAGGGUGGGAAUGUCAGUUGCCGUGACGAGAAGUGCCCUCCUGUCCAAUGCUCCAACCCCAUUAGAGAUCCACAUCUCUGCUGUCCAAUCUGCAAAGCGUGUGUGUUGGAGGGGGUAGAAUAUGAGGAAGGCUCCAACUGGCAACCCGAGGGUCGUCCCUGUUCCACCUGCACCUGUGUGAAUGGAGAGACGCUGUGUACGCACACACACUGCCCCCCGACCGCAUGCCUGCAUCCCAGCAAGACCACUGGCUCAUGUUGUGCAUUGUGUGAAAGCUGCAACUAUAACCAUCGUAUCUAUAGCAAUAGCCAAAGGUUUACGACUCCUGACCACCCUUGCCACAUCUGCAUAUGUCAGCAUGGCAGCGUAGAGUGUGAGAGAAGACCUUGUCCUCCACUCAAUUGUUCUAACUCAUACACACCACCUGGAGAGUGCUGCCCGAGAUGUCCAGACUGCUCAUUUGAAAACCGUAUAUUUGUGGAUGGAGAAGCUUUUUUAAACCCAGUGAGUGUGUGUGAGGAGUGUAAGUGUGUGAGCGGCCAGAUUGACUGCCACCAAGCCCAAUGCCCUCAUCCUCACUGCAACGCGCCUCUACACGGAACAUGCUGUCAAAACAACUGCAAUGGCUGCAGCUAUGCUGGGAAAGAGUAUCCCAAUGGACAAGAGUUCCCCCAUCCGACGGACACAUGCAGGACAUGCAGCUGCACUAACGGGAAUGUCCAGUGUCUGAUGAAGAGGUGUCCACGGCUGUCAUGCUCCAACCCAAAUGUGCUGCCUGGAGACUGCUGCCCCCAGUGUCCCGCUCCUCCAUCAGGCUGCGUGUAUGAACAGCAACCCUACAGACACACCGAGCGUUUCUACCACCCAACUGACAACUGUCGGUCAUGUGCUUGCACCAAUGGGACAGUUCACUGCCAGCGCAAGCCCUGCCCCUUUGCUCCAUGUUCUCAUCCCAUCACACAGCAGUGCUGCCGGACAUGCGAAGGCUGCGGAUACGAGGGCCGAGAGCGAGCGAAUGGGGAGACUUGGGAUGAUGCAUCUGAUCAAUGUGCAGUGUGUGUCUGCCGUGAGGGCUCAGUCCGGUGCGAGAGGAAGCACUGCCCGCCGUCCAACUGUAAACAUCCAGUCCAGAGACAGUGCUGCAUGUCCUGUGAAGGCUGCACGUUUCAUGGUAAAGAGUACUCUGAUGGCACGGAGUUUAGUGAUGACAAAGACCCUUGUGGCGUAUGUUACUGUUACGGAGGCGAGGUCAUCUGCACCAAGACACCUUGCUAUGGAGAGUGCAGUCACCCGUACACACCACCCAGACAAUGCUGUGGAGAAUGUGAACGCUGUUUCUAUAACAGUGCAGUCCUUGCCAAUGGCCAGUCAAUCCCUGACCCAGGAAACCUCUGCGCUGAAUGCACCUGUCAGAGUGGUUCAGUGCGAUGUGAGAAGAAGUCGUGUCCAGCCGCACGCUGUCCUCACCCGGUCACCAACCCUUGUGGCUGCCCUGUCUGUGACGGUUGUCACUUCCAAGGUGUGACAUACGUAGAGGGACAGAUCCUUCCAGGAGGAGAGGCAGGGUGCCAGGACUGCACAUGCUCAAGAGGUGAAGCGGUGUGUACACAGAGAAGAUGCCCUGCUGUGUCAUGCCCACAUCCAGCUCUGGAUGGCUGUGCAUGUGGAGUCUGUGACGGAUGCAACUUCAAUGGACGAGGCUGUUUCAACGGAGAGCGGUUCCCACACCCUACAGACCACUGCCAGCUCUGCUCCUGUCUGAACGGUGGUGUGGUGUGUAUGCAUGUGUCUUGUCCCAGUGUGGCCUGUGUACGUCCAUCGAGCCCUUCUGGGGAGUGCUGCCCAGUCUGCACAGGGAUGUGUCUCCAUCGGGGUAAAGAGUAUCAGUCCGGCUCCUCCUUCACUUCUCCCUCUGAUUCCUGCUCUUCAUGCUACUGUCUGAAUGAGGUUGUGAACUGUCAGAAGAGACCUUGUCCAGUCCGGUGCUCCCACCCGGUCCCUUCAGAUACCUGCUGCCCCGUCUGUGACUCCUGUCUGUAUGAGAGUGUCGUCCACUCUCACAGUCAAACCUUCAAAUCCUCCUCCAACCCCUGUCAGCGCUGCACUUGUGUCAGAGGCACCGUCACCUGUGUGCCCCAUGUCUGCCCACCUACAUCCUGUGUCCGACCAGUUACCAAGCCAGGACGGUGCUGUCCUGAGUGCACAGUGUGUAUGCUUGAUGGACAGGAGUACAGUGACGGGAUGAGAUGGAGUCUGAGUUCAAACCAGUGCUCCACCUGCACUUGCCAGGCAGGUGAGGUGCAUUGUGCGUCUCCCGAGUGUCCCAAGCUGCCUUGUAUGCAUCAGCUGACCGAUGCAGGAGCCUGCUGUCCUCGCUGUAGAGGUUGUGUGUAUGCAGGAGAGGCGCAUACAGAGGGCAGCAGCUGGUUCGCAGACUCCACCCCCUGUAUGACGUGUAUGUGUGUGGACGGAGUGACCACCUGCUCUGAAGUACGCUGUUUAUCUCCCUGCAUCAACUUCAUCAGCGUGCCUGGGGAGUGUUGCCCUGUGUGUGCUGACUGUGUAUUUGAGGGCAGAGUGUAUGGCCCAGGUGACAGUUUCCAUCCAGCCGAUGACCCGUGUCAGAUCUGCACUUGUGAGGUGCUGCCGGAUGGAGAGCAACACCUGAGGUGUUACCGAAAGCAGUGUCCCAGUCUGGUCGACUGUCCUAAGAGCAACAUCUUGUUCUCCGGGCCAGAAUCCUGCUGCCCUGUCUGUGCCCAGCCUCUCAGUAACUGCACCGCUGCACUGAUUGGCAACGAGGUCUUGGCAACAGAUGACCCUUGUUUCACCUGCCAGUGCAAGGACCUGACGUGGACCUGCUUACACCACAAGUGCCUCCCACUCACCUGCCCUCUUGAGGAACAGUUCAACUCUCCAGACUCAUGCUGCCCGGUUUGUAAAGAUUGUGUGAUCGAGGGCCAGAACAGACGGGUGGCCAACGGCAGCAGCUGGACAGACAGCGAUGACGACUGCGUCACAUGUACCUGCAACCUGGGCUACAUCGAGUGCAGUAUUGAAGAGUGUUUACAUGCAGUUUGUCUAAAUGGCCAGAAACAAGUGAAGGUUCCAGGGAAAUGCUGCUACGAAUGCCAAGACUCAGGGGCGUCGUGUUUGUACCAAGGAACCGUCUAUAAGUCUAACGAGCAGUGGGAGGUGGACGAGUGCACCGGCUGCACAUGUGUGUUUGGAGACGUUCACUGUCACAGUGAACGCUGCCCUUCUCUAACCUGUGCAACAGAUGAGAUGCCAGCCAUUGUCCCAGGCUUGUGUUGUCCUCAUUGUCUUCCUCGUCCAGCCACCUGCAUUGCCUUCGGCGACCCUCAUUAUCGCACCUUCGAUGGCCGCAUGCUGCACUUUCAGGGAGCGUGCACGUACGUCCUGGCACAGGACUGUGAGAGUGGCGACUUCAGUGUUCAUGCCACUAAUGAUGACCGUGGACGUAAAGGAGUGUCCUGGACCAAAGAGGUGACCGUGUUUAUCGGAGACAUCACAGUGCAGCUACUCCAGGACUGGGUUGUGAAGGUGAAUGAUGAGGUUGUGACUUUGCCGUUCCUCAGUGAACCGUACAUCUACGUCGAGCGACAGACAAACACCAUCUUACUCAACACUAACAUCGGGCUGAAGGUAUUGUGGAGUGGUCGCUCACAUCUGGAAGUGAGUGUGCCAGGCUCCUAUAAGGGCCACACCUGUGGGCUCUGUGGAAACUUCAAUAACUACUACCAGGAUGACCUCCGAACGCCCAGCGGACGGCUCAGCCUGUCAGAGGCGGACUUUGGAAACAGCUGGAGGGUCAUGAAUGGUAGCCGUUCGCUCUCAUCCUGUCGCCCCGGUGAGAACGUUGACCCCUGUAAAGACGCAGGCUACCAGGCCAAGAAGGGGGCUAACGCUCGCUGUAAGGCCCUGAAGUCCGCUGCCUUUAAGCCCUGCCAUCGCGUGGUGCCUCCGGAGCCGUGGUACGGAGCCUGUGUGUACGACCUCUGUGCCUGCGGGGCCAACACUGAUGAGUGUCUGUGUGACACACUGGAGGCCUAUGCCAGUCAGUGCAGAGAGGCUGGAGUCAUCUUGCAAUGGAGGAGCCCAUCGCAGUGUGCUGUUGGCUGUCCAGUGGAGAGGGGCUUUGUGUUUGAUGAGUGCGGACCCCCGUGCCCCGUCACCUGCUUUAACGUGGACGUACCACUGGGGGUGAUAGAGAGCCACUGCUUCAAGCCCUGUGUCCCAGGCUGCCAGUGCCCUGCUGGUCUGGUUCUACACGACAACUACUGCAUCCAGACAGAGAAGUGCCCCAAGAUCAUUCACGGCAACUCCUCAUAACUCUUUGGACUGCUCACUUUCGAGUGAACACUUAACUUAUAAGCAGACAUACACACUACCAGCUCUAAUAAUCUUCCAUCCUCCAAGGACUGCUACAGCCUUCUGUUACUGUAUACAUGUUGAAAUACAACAAACUGUGGAUUUAACUGCGUUUUAAUGUUUUUAUUAGGAUUGUUUUACUUUUAUAUGUAGCACUGAAUAUUUAUACAACAGAAGGGUCUUGUCAUUUUGUGUCACAUGUUCAUUGGUAUUGUCUCUACCUGUUUUGUUUUACACAUUUAUGAUAUUAUUUUAACAGUAUUAUUUGCUUCAAAUGUAUAGUCACACAUUGCACUGUGCAAUGUGUGACUAUACACAGGAAGCCACAUAGUCUCAGGUACUCUUUUACUUUGCUGUCUAUUGUUCAAAUAAACAAAGGCUUAACUAAUA